AAAGACCCACCCGUUUCUAAUUCCCGGAAAAGCAGCACGAUCUCGUAAGGUAAAACUGAUCUUUUAUCGAUUACACACAGGAUGUUAUUUGUAAAUUAGACGAGUUUAACAGUAAAUAUGACAUUUUAACGCAAUUGAGUUGUAUGCAAAAUGGGGAAAAAAGCGUCACAUGAUGUAACGUUGUCGGAUAAUCAUGGAUCCAAGCGACACGGGUUGUCAUGUAAUGUUAUGUAUUCACUUCAUAUAAACAAACUCAGGCUUGGGAUCGAACAGAGGCUUAUAUUUAGAGCAUUACAAUGGCAGAACACACAAAUGAUGGUAAGAGCCGCCUCCCUGUCCCCGAUUAGGGUAUUUUUAUCCUGCUGUUUACACAGUUUGGUGCAGCGUUGUCCUAGCGUCACUGACGUCACGCCCACAGACCGUUGGCUGCCGUCCGUCUGAAGCUCUGACUAGCGAGUUGGAUGCUGCGUCGAAAGUGAAAGCGUUGUUGUAGAAGUUAAAAACACAUUGCAGCAUUUGGUUUUGGUUUAGUUAGAGCUUCAGCUGAAGGAGUCGAUAUCACAAGGAGGGCUCAGAAACACCUGCAGUAUUACAAUAACAGCUCGGACAACACUCAAGUCUUGGGAAGAAACCCAGACCCAUAUAUAAAAAAAAUUGUGCGGUUUCUUCUCUGGAAAUUCAGAAAAUCGUCGAGAGCCUCAAAAAUUGAUUAUGAACAGCUCCCAAGCUUCUUCCAACCAACUCAUGGAGCUUUUUCAGAAUGAAAAAAUCACCAAAAUCAAGUCUUGGUUCUUUGGCAAGGAAGACGAAAGCAAGAAAGAAGAGCUGAUAAGAUCCACGCAGUCCCUCCAUCACUAUGUGCACAAAUACUUCAGCAUCACUAACAGACUGUUGGAGAUCCUCAAUACUCACAUGGAGCGAAACAUCUGUCCUGCAGUCUCAGCAAAUGAAAAUGAAAGUAUUGAACAGAACUGUGCCAGGUUGAGAGAGGUCAUGUGUCAGAUUGUUGAUGUUUGUGAAAGGGAGGAGAAACAUUGUAAGAGCAUUGCACCAGAUCUUUAUGAGAAGAUUGCCUUCUCUAUGGUGUCAUUGAAAGACAAGGUUACGGUCAUAAAGGAACUGCAUGAGAACACCAUGGGUAUCCUGGGGAAUGUCUUGUGUCCUUUAGUCACUGUUCAAUUGGCAAGAAGUGAUCUGAGAAACGUUAUGCCUCCACUUGAAGAGCUUAAAUCUCUGUCUGCUUCAUCAUUUGUCCUGGGAGAUCUAGUGCAGAGCAGUAAAAACAUCACUAAACUUCUGUGUAAAGCAGAGAACCAGGAGAAGACCCUUGAUGAAGCCGUUCAGUUAGUGCAAGAUCUCCUUUCUAUUCUGAGAGAGCCCUGUGACUCCUACGAUGACAUUCUGACUGAAGUGGAAGCCUAUGUGAGCAUCAUAUUAAAAAAACAUAAGGCACAAUAAAACAGAAAGUUUGAGAGAGAAGUCACAGAGAGGUUAAUAAAAAAAGAUGAUGUUAAAAAUAAUUCAAUAGCAGUUUACCUCUCAUUUGCGUAUUUGCUGCUUUAAGUGUUAUUACACCAAUGUCACUCAUCUAAAAAAAUAAACUUAUCACAUGUGCAAAUGUG